AUGAAUAAGGGCUGGCUGGAGCUGGGGAGCCACCCUGGCCUCUUCACCCUCCUCGUGGAAGAUUUCAGUGUCAAAGGGGUGCAGGUGGAGGAGAUUUAUGACCUUCAGAGCAAAUGCCAGGGCCCCGUGUAUGGAUUCAUCUUCCUGUUCAAAUGGAUCGAAGAGCGCCAAUCCCAUCGCAAGGUCUCUACCUUGGUGAAUGAUACAUCUGUGAUUGAUGAUGCUAUUGUGAAUAACAUGUUCUUUGCCCACCAGCUGAUCCCCAACUCUUGUGCCACCCAUGCCCUGCUGACCGUGCUCCUGAACUUCAGCAAUGUGGACCUGGGGCCCACCCUGAGUCGCAUGAAGGACUUCACCAAAGGCUUCAGCCCCGAGACUAAAGGAUAUGCGAUUGGCAAUGCUCUGGAGUUGGCCAAGACAGGCCAUAGCCAUUCCAGGCCUGAGCCACGCCACCUCCCCGAGAAGCAGAAUGGCCUUAGUGUUGUGCGGACCAUGGAAGCCUUCCACUUUGUCAGCUUUGUGCCUAUCACAGGCUGGCUUUUUGAGCUGGAUGGGCUGAAGGUCUACCCCAUUGACCAUGGGCCCUGGGGGGAGGACGAGGAGUGGACGGACAAAGCCUGGCAGGUCAUCAUGGAGCAUAUUGGCCUUGCCACUGCAGGGGAACCCUACCAUGACAUUUGCUUCAAUCUGAUGGGGGUGGUGCCCAACUGCAGAAUCAAGUAUGAGGCCAGGCUACAUGUGUUGAAGGUGAACCGUCAGACCAUACUGGAGGCCUUGCAGCAGCUGAUCAGGGUAACACAGCCAGAGCUGAUUCAGACCCACAAGUCUCAAGAGUCACAGCUGCCUGAAGAGUCCAAACCCACCAGCAGCAAGUCUCCUCUGAUGCUGGAAACAAGCAGGGCUCUGGUGGCCUCUGAGAGCACCCACACGGAUGGUGUGGAGGAGGUGGCUGGUCGUUCGUGCCCACAAGUCCUGACCCACAGCCCUCCUAGAAAACCCAAGCUGGUGGUGAAGCCUCUAGGGAGCAACAUCAAUGGGGUUCCCCCCACACCCACUCCUAUUGUCCAGCAGCUGCCAGCCUUUCUGGACAAUCAACUAUGCCAAGUCCCCAUGCAGGAGGAGGAAGACCUGGCAGCGGGUGUGGGCCACAGCAGAGUUCCGGUGCGACCGCCACAGCAGUACUCAGACGAUGAGGAUGACUACGAGGAUGAGGAGGAGGACGACGCGCAGAGCACCAGCUCUGCCAUCAGGUAUAAGCGAAAGGGCCCGGGGAAACCAGGGCCAUUGAGCAGCUCUGGGGAUGGGCAGCUGUCAGUGCUACAGCCCAACACCAUCAACGUCUUGGCUGAGAAGCUCAAAGAGUCCCAGAAGGACCUCUCGAUUCCUCUGUCCAUCAAGACGAGCAACGGGGCCGGGAGUCCAGCUGUGGCAGUCCCAACGCACUCGCAGCCCUCGCCCACCCCCAGCAACGAGAGCACGGCAGCCUCUGAGAUCGGCAGCACUUCCAAUUCGCCACUGCGCCCGCCUAUCCGCUCAGCCAACCGCGCGCAGCUCUCUACUCCCGUCACCUCCCACAUCUCCAAGGUGCUUUUUGGAGAGGACGACAGCCUGCUGCUUGUUCACUGCAUAUGCUACAAUCAUGCUGUACGCGACCUGGGUCCUGUCAUCAGCACGGGCCUCCUGCACCUGGCUGAGGAUGGUGUGCUGAGUCCCCUGGCACUGACAGAGAGUGGGAAGUGUUCCUCCCCUUCCAUUAGACCGAGCCAAGGCAGCCACGGGUCUGGCAGCCCAGAGGAGAAGGUGGUGGUGGAGGCUGUGGACAGUAGAGAGAAGCCGGGACUGAUCAGGCCUAGCGAGCCCUUGAAUGGGAAGAAGUAUUUACCAAGGGAGCUGCUGGUGCUACUGAAGUGUGUGGAGGCUGAGAUUGCAAACUAUGAGGCCUGUCUCAAGGGAGAAGUGGAGAAGAGGAAGAAGUUCAAGAUUGACGACCAGAGAAGGACCCACAACUACGAUGAGUUCAUCUGCACCUUCAUCUCCAUGCUGGCUCAGGAAAGGAUGCUGGCCAACCUGGUGGAGCAGAACAUCUCAGUGCGGCGGCGCCAGGGGGUCAGCAUUGGCCGGCUCCACAAGCAGCGGCAGCCAGACGGGCAGAAACGCUCCUGUCCCUAUAAGGCCAAGCGCCAGUGA